AGGAAGCUUUGUGCGCUGCACCUUUACGUUCUUUUUGAUUUUAUAUUUUGUGAGCUACCUGAAGAUGAAUAUGGACACUACAAAAAUGACCCGAUGGCUGGCCUUACUGUCACUAUGCACAUCUGCAUGCAGCACAACAGUGAAUCUGGCGUGCCACACGUAUCGUAGACCGGAAUGGAGGGAUAACUGUAUGGAAUGUUCUGGUACGGAGGUGAAGGCUGUGCCGAGAUUACUGAACAGAACCCUCAAGGUGCUACUAAUGACUCGUACAGCGAUCACGUCUGUGGACAACACCACCUUUGAGAGGUCCCAAUUGCCGGCGCUAGAGAUCCUGUACCUGACUCUAGGUGCGCUCACCAGCGUCGGGGCCCACGCCUUCUGCUCCUUGCCGGCCCUGAUUAAGCUCUACUUGGACAACAACCGGUUGGAAAUUCUAAAUGAACUGAGUUUCAGCUGCAACCAGAAUUUAACUACUGUAAGCCUGAAGAACAAUCGCAGCCUUUUCAAGUUGCCACGUCUCAUUAGCCCUUCAGUGCAAACGCUGAACCUAGAAAACUGCAGCCUAGCGAGCAUCGACGUUGCUACCGUGGAGGAUAUGACCGCCCUCAAGGUUCUGUCUUUGACUGGAAAUCGAGGUAUCCAAUGCGACUUCGUGAAAGCGCAGUUUAAGCAAGCUCGACCGGAUCUACGGGUCAUCUGCGAAGAUUCCGCUGGAGAUACCCUUUCCUCUGUUUUCCCUAGUGACGAAGAAAGAACUUCAGAAAAGUCACUCUACGAGCCAAAUUCCACCAUCAAUAAUACGAAGAGUAUCAUUGAUGACGAAAAAACCACUUCGCAAAAGUCAUUCACAGAGUCAGAUUUCACCAUCAAAAAUACGAAGAACAUCACUGGUGACGAAAAACACACUUCAGAAAAAUCACUCACAGAGUCAGAUUCGGCUAUCGGGAGUACGAUAAAAGAUAAAACUGACGAUAUAGAACGCAAUGAGUCAGAUGACAUGAAGAACAAGGAAAAAGAUACCAAUGCGAAUACUUCAAGUGGUAUUUUCCGAACAGUGGUUAUUGUAAUACCUAUCAUAAUAAUUAUCAUUAUCAUUAUCAUUUGUGUGUGCUGCUGGUGUAGAAACUCUGUGCAAAAAUCACAGUCAGAUGACCCUACUGAACAACCCUUGAAUGAAAUCUCAUAGGGAACCUGUCUGUUGUGUAUCGGUGGAAAGCGCACACGGGAAGGUGCAGCAGAGACGAGACACUCGCUGCACGCAAGAACUUAUAAACACAGAAAACUGUCACCAGUCACGUUUUUUAAAUAUUGAUUUAUUCCUACAAUCUAGUUUUCGAAGCUUUUCAAGCUAACCUUCAGAUGAGACACAAGGAUAAUAUAUGAUUAUUUCCACAGUGAAAAACUGGGAAUUGUGCUUUAUACGUGUGUCUUUCAUGUCCCUGUCUAAAGAUGUGCCUGUGUUUACAUUCAGUCGUGGGUUCUAAGAAAACCUGAAAUGGAUGAGCUUAAAAUCACAGUUUACACUCUGAUGGAACCAUGGUCUCAAAUUUCGACCGGUGAGAAAAAUUGACGGACCUCAUCUUAAAUGCACGGAAACAGUGAACAUAGGUCAGUUUUAAAACAUACAGUAAAGCUGUGAGUAAUACUUUAACUUGUGGAUAUAAAGCAUCAUAUUUUCUGGAGAAAAUUGCUUUAUAGUCGGCAAAGGUAACACAGUCGAAGUAUUUACACACUUCCAGAGACAUCUGACUUUGUCCUCCAACAGACAUUUUGGAAAAUCACCCCUCUGCUCCUAGCAGAGAGAAGGGACCCAUACUGCUAAGAAAAGGGAAAGUGUAAAACCUUUGAAACAAGCAGAAAACAGAAAAGCAGAAAAUUUAGCUGCAGCCUGUCUUUGGAGGACUCAGCACAGAACAGCCACUUGUACCGAAACAAUGUGACAUUUUCAGAGUGAAGCAAGCAAUUGUAAAUGUAUAAGGAACGUUGGUCAGAAGAUACCAACUUCUCGACACAUUUUGAACACACGUAAGUAUCCUGGUUCAUUUCUAUGAAUUAACGCACACCUAUUGCAAAUAAAUAGUGUAUGUAGACUGUGUAAAGCAUCAAAGAUUAUGAAUAAAAAUCCGCCAAUUUUAGCAUAUUUGGCACUUA